AUGGAGUACGGAUUGUUGGUGGCGCUGCUGAACGAAUGGGCGGUACAAAUUCUGGUCCUUUUCAGCUUCGGACUGCAAGUUUUCCUGCUCUUGUUCGCUUGGAUCCGUCGCCACAACGUUUCUCCGGUGCCAAGAUUGCUACUGUGGAUGGCUUACCAGCUGGCUGACUCCACCGCGCUCUUCACCCUUGGCCACCUCUCCAUUAGCAGCAGGCUGCAAAACCACCAUCUGGUCGCGUUCUGGGCGCCGUUCCUCCUGGUGCAUCUCGGUGGCCAGGACACCAUCACGGCCUACUCUUCCGAAGACAACGGGAUCUGGCUGCGCCACCUGCAGACUCUCAUCGUGCAGGUCUUGGGAGCUGCCUAUGUUCUCUAUAAGUAUAUACCAGGCAGCGAGACCUUGGUCAUUGUGGCCGCCGUCCUGAUUUUCGUCGUGGGUAUUCUCAAGUAUGGAGAGAGGAUAUGGGCGCUCAAGUGCGCCAGCAUGGACAGCAUCUGGAGCUCUCUCGACAAGUCAGAUGCCAGCAUCCGUGAUGAGGAAAACGAUAAGCUUCUCCGCGAGUUGCUGGAGAGAAGAGACUGCUUGGAUGCCGAGGAAGUUCUGAUGGCAGCUCACGGCCUUCUGGAUGUUUGCAAGGGGUUAUUCAUCGGCUUGAGGAGGGUGCAGCGUGGGUGCAUGCAUGAAGUCAUGGAGUCUUUCAAAUUGUGUGGCUAUCUUGACAAGUUGAUGGAGAUGGAGCUGUCCCUGAUGUACGACAUCAUGUACACCAAGGCGGCCGUGAUCCACACCUGGUAUGGAUGCUGCAUCCGCGUCAUUGCGCCGGUUGCCACAUUGGCUGCGUUCCUGCUGUUUCAGAUCAGCAGCAAAGAAGGGCACAACAGACAUGAUGUCACCAUCUCCUACAUCUUGCUGGUUGGGGCCGUGGUCUUGGAGAUGGCAUCCCUGGUCAGGGCGAUCGGGUCGACUUGGACACGGGCCUGGCUGUACGACAAGAAAUGGCAUCGGCUCCACGAUCAACUUGUGGCUCUCCGCCAGCUUUUCAGGGCAUCAAAACAUAGGAAAUGGUCCGGCUCCGUUGGGCAGUACAACUUGUUACUGUCCUGCGCCCGUGACAAAGGAGAGCCCGCAGGCAAAACGAUGGCAAGGUUACCCGGUCUGGGGCUUAUCGGUGACUGGUGGAGCAAACUGCGCCACUCGCAGUCGCAGUCCGUCAGGGUUUCUGGCUCUACCAAGGAGUUGGUGCUGAGAGAGUUGCUACGGAUUGUAGGACAGAGUAAGGAAAUUGGUUCAUUCCCGGGUCUGCUCACGCUACAACAUUUCAAUCUUGACGAUCUCAUCAGCUGGAGCAUCCAGGACAUUGGUUUUGAGGACAGCAUCAUUGCUUGGCACGUCGCCAGUGAGAUCUGCCUGUUCAAGGAUCGCAGCAAUAAAGAGAAGCUGCUAGAGGCGAUCAAGGUGCUAUCUAACUACAUGAUGUUCCUCCUUGUUGAACGCCCCUACAUGCUGCCCGGCCCUGUGCGCCGCAGCCGUUACCUUCAGGUCCGCGAUGAUUUGUGCGGAAUGAUGCGAGGUACAACGGGAGCUGAUCAUACAGCACCGGAGAAGAGAGUUGAGUGGGCGCUGCGUACGGGGUUACGUGUUCUUGUGAACUCCUUUGAUGCUCCCGCUGAUUACGACACUGGAGUAAGACUGGCCGAUGUGCUCUACCACCAACCCCGCAAGCUGGAAGUCAUCUUUGGUGUGUGGGUCGAGAUGCUUUGCUACGUUGCCGACCACUGCAGCAGAGAAUCUCAUGCCAGGCAGCUCAGUAGCGGCGGCGAGCUCGUCACCAUCGUGUGGCUUAUGGCAAGGCACGCCAACCUGUCCUACUCUUCAACGGCUUAG